AGGGCAAAACCCUUCCAACAGGGAGCAAAUACAAGGAAUAUUUCCAAACCUAACCCAUCGUAACGCCCUGCAUCCACCCCUUGUGUAACACCCUCUGGCUUUAAGUGUCUUAUACAAGCCUUUACUCACUCAGUACUGAGCUGUGCCUAAGCUGGGAUUGAUGGAGAAUCCAAUUUAGGAAAACACUCCUUGAUGAAGAAAGCAUGAAGCAAAGAGGAAUUUUUGCACGGACGUUUCUGUGUGACGAGAGCAGUAACAGCAGGACUGUCUCUGGGAGGGCUCCCGGGGCACUGCAGACCUGUUGGCAUGAGAGGGGAGACCUGAUUCAGCCCUGAGCAUCCAAGCUGGCUGUGGUUGAGGAUUAUAAGAGCUGUUUUGAUCAGGGGAAAAUUUCUGUUUUUAGCACAGGCAGCAAUUAAAAUAGCUCGCGAAUCUCAACGCCUCGGGGAGCUGUCAUAAAAGGAGGCAGAAAAUCCGUCUUCUGGACUCCUCUGCAGCCAGAGAUGAGCCUGGAGGCAGCAGAGGAGAAGAGAGCUUGAGGUUCACCUGGUGAAAAAGAACAACCCGAGACCUCGAGUCAGAUCCGCUGCUUUGAUCCCGAGAUGGCUGUGGAGGAUCUCCAGGCUUCCAGCACCCCUUUCUCGCUCUCCUUUUCGGGCAGUGGCUUCCUGGCCCUGUACCAGGUUGGGGUGGUGCAGUCCCUGCUGGAGUUGGCUCCCGAGCUCCUCAAGUCUGCCUGCAAGGUCUACGGCUCCUCGGCCGGGUCGCUCAUCGCUGCUGCCGUCGUGUGCGGCGUCGGCCUCGAUGACCUAAAGGAGUUUUUCUUUGCACUGGCAACGGAAGUCAGGAAAACCAUCCUGGGCCCCCUCUCUCCCAAGUGCAGCUUGCUGGCCAAUCUCAAGGCUGUCCUGCAGCGGAUGCUGCCGGAGGAUUCCUACCUGCUGGCCUCGGGGCGGCUGCACAUCUCACUGACGAGGGUGGUGGAUGGCCAGAACGUCAUGGCCUCGGAGUUCAGCUCCAAGGAGGAGCUCAUUCAGGCUCUCCUCUGCAGCUGCUUUCUUCCAAUUUACUGUGGAUUCAUCCCUCCAUCCUACCGAGGAGUGCGCUACGUGGAUGGAGGCUUCACAGGCCUGCAGCCCGUGUCCAGCCUGGAGGAGCCCGUGAUCACCGUGUCCCCGUUCACCGGAGAGCUGGACAUCUGCCCCCGCGACUGCCCCGCCAUCUUCUUCUGCUUCCAGAUCUUCAAUGGCAGCAUCCAGAUCUCCAUAGAGAACCUGUGCAGGAUCAGCUACGCUCUCUUUCCACCCAGCACCAUGGUCUUGAACGACAUUUUCUCCCAGGGGUACCAGGACACUGCCCUUUUCCUGUACAGGAACAAUGCCUUUGGCUUUAACUACUUUGAUGGCAAUUUCCGCUUUGGCAGCACCUGUGGGAAGAAUGACUCUGGAAAACCCAACGGGACACACCCCGGCCUGUACAAAAGGGUCCCUCAGUGCCUGACCCCUUACUUCCUGCCAGGCUUGUGGAAGAAGGAGCAGGUGAAUGGACUGCAGGACCCACUGGCGAAGGUCCUGCUGCAGCCGUACAGGCUCCCAGCCUUAUUCAGGAAGGGGGUGAAGAAGGUGUGGGGGCUGCUGGAAGGUGUCAGCUUCCUGGUACAACGACUCCACAAGCUCCUCCAAACCUUGGUGCCUGGUUUGCCUAAGACAGCCAUGGACAGGAGGAGGUAACAAGGAUUGUCCCAGCAGAGCCCUGGGGGUCUCCAGCACUGUCUCAGAAUGUGGUGGGCAACACCAGCACACACCAGCAUGGCUGCUGGUUCUCAAGGGGAUUUUUGGGGAGUAUUUUUUCUCUUCAGAACCUGUCUGGUUCUGCCUGCAGUGCUGCCACUGCAGUGCCCCUGCUCAGGCCUCACCUGCUCUUCCAUGAUGGCUGAGGCAAAGCUCCGGGGCCACUCCUGGGACUCACCCCAGGCUGCAGGGGCCAUGGGGCAGCUUCACCUGCAGCUCCCACAGCCCAGCCCUUUCCCUGCCCACUCCAUCUCCUCCCCACCAGCAGCAUCCCUUCCCUGCUUCAAUGCAGAUUACAGGGCAGGCAGUUGCCAGGAAAUGCCCAGUUUUAAGUGUUUUCCUCCCACUCAAAUACCUCCAGAGAGAUUCCUCAGGAGAGAGAAAGAGAGAGAAAAGCUGUAGGGAGCAUCAUACCGGGCAGGAACUAAUUUUUCUACAGUUCCCGGAAGUUUUUUUACCAAUUAUCAAUUCUUGAGCUUCACACCUCCCCACAGCCCUGCUUCUCCUGCCUGUGGAGGUGGGAGUGCAUUUGGAUGCCCCUGGAACUUGCAGCUGUGCAGAAGGAUGGAGAAACCUAAAGAUUAACUUCUCCCUAUUUCCAAGUCCUGCAGGCUGCAUCUCCUGACAUUUCAUAAAUGCAUGAGUUCUGCAGCUGUCUGUAACUCAGGGCCACACACAGAGCACGGCCCAGGCAAACAAACCCUGUGUCACUGGUCUGCACACAGAAUUAAUGGCAGUGCUCUUAAUUAGCCCAAAUCUGUGCUGCAUAGCAGAGGCCGUGGAUGGCCCCAGCUUUGUCUCCCCUGUGUGCUGGUUCUCAACAGGAAACAAAUGGAUCCCAAUAGCAGCAGCUGUUUAUUAGAGUAAAGAGCCUGUUUAGUUGCACAAAGGGAAGUGGAACAGAGGGCAGUUUCAUCCAAAGGGCCAUAGAGACUGCACGAACAAAUGUAGGGAGUAGCUGAAGGCAGCUUUGAUGUAACCAGCCUCAAAGUUAACUAGGAGUGCUGUGUGAAAGAACAAUAUCCUAUAUUCUGCCAUCUUUGGCUGAAAUCAGUGAUCUGGUAAUACUUUCUGUGGAAUGAGUUUGCUAAAAGAAACCUGGAUUCUUAUUUCACAGAAUCAUUAAAUGGUUUGGGUUAAAAGGGACCUCAAAGCUCAUCCUGUUCCACCCCUGCCAUGGCAGGAACACUUUCCACUCUCCCAAGUUGCUCUAAGACCCAUGAAACCUGGCCUUGGACACUUCAAGGGAUUCAGGGGCAGCCACAGCAGCUCUGGGCACCCUGUGCCAGGGCCUGCCCACCCUCCUAGGGAAAAUACUUUCCCAAUAUUCCAUCCAUCCCUGCCCUCUGGCAGUGGGAAGCCAUGGAGCCUUGGCCUGUCCCUCCAGUUCCUGAUGAGGGGUCCCUCUCCAGCUUUCUAUUGUAGCCCCUUCAGAUCCUUGGUGGGGCUGUGAGGCCUCCACACAACCCUCUCCUCUCCUGGCUGAACAGGCCCAGCUUUCUCAGCCUGUCUCCAUAGGGAAGGUGCUCCAGUCCCCUUAGAACUUCCUGGCCCAUUUUGAUGGAUCCUGUUUGCAUUGGAUCCUGUCUGCUCCAUCCAUCCUGGAUGGAUUUACAGCUCUCAAGCCCUGCAGCCAAAGCCAGGCUGCUCAGCUGUUCCUGCCACAGGGCAAAGUGGAAGGCUCAGAGACAGCCAGCCCUCCCCAGGCAGGCACAAUCAGCCCAUCAUUUGCUUUUGCACCUCUGCUCCCUCCCACUUAUCCAACAGCUCCUUCUCCAGGCUGCUGCAAGCACCAUCCCCACCUCCAGGCAGGAAUUUGCCAUUUCAGUCAGCCUGAAGUUCAAUAGUUACCCUAUUGAAACGGGCAUUAAAAUCCCCCCAAGAAAAUUCUCAUCUAGGAAUUGGACUUCCCAAUCCAUUAAAUGCAUCUGCAAACUUCAGCCACAAACAGGAGCACAGUUUGAACUGCCCAGUGUAUCCCACCUGCCCCAUGCAGAGCUUGAUCAAAAACAAUUAGUAAAACUUGGAGAACUUUAACAACAAUCAUUCUGCAAGGAACUCCCAAACUAAAAUGGUCUCAGCACAGAACCCUCCUGCUCCAAACCUGCAGGAAUGAGCAAGAAAUGAGUACUUAACAAUUUAACAAUUCAGUAUUCAAAUCAGCUGGGUUUUGCUUUAUUAAUCUCUCAUCUUUUCAAGCAAGCAUGGCUGAUGCUGUCUCCUCUUGGAGACAUGAGCUUGGAGCUAAUGGCAACCAAGGUUGUGUCAGAGGCAAUAGAUAGAGGCAAAGCUAGGCAUUGAUUGGAAUCAUCUUGUGCAGGAGCUUGUUUCACCCUAAGGAAACAAAGUGGGAAGCCCAGCUGCACCAGUGGGGAUAGGAGCAGCCUGGAAUGCCUCCUCUAGAGGUGGAUCAUGGGAAUCAUCCAGGGGCUGUGGCCCUGCCUGU